AAUGCACUUUUCCAUACACGUGCAUGUGUAUUAUGCGUCUAACUUGGUCGUACAUUUUUUUCUAAAUGUAUAUCAGAGCACUUUUCAAAUUUGUUUAAAUAUGAAGACAAUUUGAUACCAAAAUCAUUCAACUGUGUACUUCUCAUCUAUUCACUUCGCUUACCUUACAGUAAAAAACAAACUUUUAUCAAAAUGUUCGCUUUGUUCGUUCUCUCAGCUCUUGUUGCCUGUGCUAGCGCUAUCGUAGCACCAAUUGCCCCAUACGGAGCUGCUUAUGGAGCCGCCUAUGCUGCACCUUAUGGAGCUGCCUAUCAUGCACCAAUUGCUGCUGCCUAUCCAAGCUAUCAUGCACCAAUUGCUGCUGCAUACCACGCUCCAAUCGUAGCUAAAACUAUUGCCCCAGCAUACCCAUACAGUGCUGCAUACGCUGCACCAUACGCAUCACCAUACGGAGCUGCUUAUCAUGCACCUCUUGCCGCCCCAAUUGUUAAAGCUGCCUAUGCUGCUCCAUUAGCCACAAGCUACGCAAACACAUACAAGGUUGCCGCUUCAUACCCAGCUUAUCAUGGCGCUUCAGUUGUUGCUGCUCCAGUAGCUGCUUAUCAUGCACCAAUCGCAUCUUAUGCAUCACCAAUCGUUAAGGCUGCAUACCCAGCAUACGGAGCAGCUUAUGCCACAUACCAUCAUUAAACAAUUUAAUUUGUUUAAAUCAACGGGUGCUAUUUCAUAAUCAGCCUUUAUGAGAGCUUUAAUCACCAUCCAAUUUCUCAUCUCUAUUACUACAUCU